AUGGUGGAAGACGAUGGACCUCGUCCCUAUCCCUUCUUCCCCAUCCUUUAUUUUAUCAACCUCGCCCUAUUCUCUCCGUCGGACUGCCGAAAGAAGUCGGGAAGCCACUUUCCACUCCGUCCGCCUCCCGCCGACGCUUGUCCAGAACAAUUUUCACUCCGUUCACGAUCUGCUUCAACUCUUGGGGCGGGAGAGAUUGAGAAGCUGUGGCGACGAAGAAGGAAUUGCGGGUGGGAGAUCGAUGCAACGACGAUGGGUAGUUGCAAAGAAGAAGAAUUGGGGGGUGGGAGAUCGAUGCAGCCGUGGGUGGGAAUCCUAUUGUACCUUCAACGAGUUAGUACCAGCCGUCGUAGUCGAGCUUCAUCCAGUCGUGCUCAGUGGUCACCGCAGGCAGCUAUCACAGUUCCUCAUCUUCCCUUCAGCUACUGA